AUGUUCUCUCGUCUCGUAAUCUUUGCUAUCAUUACACUUGUAUUUGACAUACAAACGGUACCUCUAAUAGAUUCGGAUCCCCUGCCGGGUCUUGAUGAGAUCGGAUCAGGAUUUGAUGUUGUAGGAAUGCUUCAAGGGUCGGACAAGAACUCGAAAUUUCGGAUAUUUGACCUAAGCGAGAGCGGUCUAUAUCCAUUUAAAGUCGAAGCGGUUGGCAUAGAACGUAUUUACAAUACUCCACGACAUGUUCAAGUAACCAAAAUUGGUGUACGACGUGAAGUGAAUUGUGAAGAUCUAUCAAAUAGUUUCAGCCAGUUUUAUUCAAGAUACGAUCCGUCUUUCAAUGAUAGUGUGAAUGCUCUUGGUAGCCUUCCAAUACCCACAACUGACAGUGAACAAACUCCUUACAAUGUGCUCGUGGAAACGUAUGGGACUCAUUAUGUCACACAUGUAAUUGUUGGUGCUACUGCUCAUUUUUACACAUUGAUCAAUGAAGCUUACACCAAGUCAUCAACCUUUGAAGAAAUAACAACGCAAGUUAGCAAAAUGGGCAUAUACCUGUUUUAUGCCAGUAGCGACACGUCAGCAUCCCAUAGUCUCUACCAGACCAUGAGUGAAUCGUUUCGAAAAAAUACUGAAAGUUUCGCUGUGUAUCAACCACCGGUAGCUCAAAUUCCUGGCAAGACCGAUUGGCAAUCUUGGCUAGCUACUGCUGUUCAGCAGCCAGUAGUUGUCAACCGUACACUUGCGCCAUUGUCCAAUCUAUUUUAUGCUUAUCCUGGGGUUCAAGCUCAUCUACGACGUACGAUUGACUACUACUUGGCUAAGGGAAGUCUUCCUACUUUUGCUCAACUUCAAUCGUAA